CCUGACCCACAAAUUCAGCACAUUGUCCAGUGAGAGAUCGCAGGUCGAGAGGAUGAACGCUCAGGUGUGCUGCUCGUUGAUUGCUGUUUUGUUGUGUUUCUCUGUGUGCUUGAGCACAACAGACGCCAAAAAACAUGCCAAAGUAAAACGAAAUGUUCGUUUGGAUGAAGAGUCGUUACCAGCAAAGCCAGGAGUGUGUCCUGAUGACAAAGACAUGAUAGGAGCGUGUGUCGAGAGAUGUUUUGGUGACCGUGAAUGUCCAGAUGAUGAGAAAUGCUGCAGCAAUGGAUGUGGACACGUGUGUAUGCCUCCAUAUAAAGCAGAAAAGCCAGGAGUGUGUCCUGAUGACAAAGACAUGAUAGGAGUGUGUGUCGAGGACUGUUUUGGUGACAGUGAAUGUCCAGAUGAUGAGAAAUGCUGCAGCAAUGGAUGUGGACACGUGUGUAUGCAUCCAUAUAAAGCAGAAAAGCCAGGAUCAUGUCCAAAACCCGUUGGAGCAGGACUGUGUGCUGAGAUGUGUUCUGGUGACAGUAACUGUCCAAACAAUCAGAAAUGCUGCAGCAAUGGAUGUGGACACGUGUGUAUGCCUCCAUAUAAAGCAGAAAAGCCAGGAUCAUGUCCAAAACCCGUUGGAGCAGGAGUGUGUGCUGAGAUGUGUUCUGGUGACAGUAGCUGUCCAAACAAUCAGAAAUGCUGCAGCAAUGGAUGUGGACAUCAGUGUAUGCUUCCAUAUACAGAAAAGCCAGGACUGUGUCCAAUGACUUUGGCUGGAGUAGGAGGAUCGUGUGAAGAAUUGUGUGUCAAUGACUUUGACUGUCCGAGAAAUGAGAAGUGCUGCAGCUCUAUAUGUGGAGGACGUCUAUGUACACCUGCAUCUUAAGUGAAGCCUGGUCUGCGUCUCAAACCAAAUGUGUGCUGAUAACUCUUCCAUGAUUAAUGUCCUUCCAGACAGAAGUCUUGCCCAACCACCUGUGGACAUGCGUGCAGAUAACAUGCCAGUUUAACCAUUGGAAAGCCCUUGAUUGCCCCCCAAUGUUGGACUUAAGGUCUUGUCUUUCUCAAAUAAAUAUCAGUUUAAAGGUC